ACAAGUGUGCGACAUUGACAAAUUGAAAUGCAUCUUGCUGAAGCCAUUGUGAUACUGAGUGCAGUAUUGUGCAAGGUCAAGGCCAUGAUGUGCAGACGCAGCACAUAAUUGCUCUGCUGGAUUACGCUGGAAUGACCUGGAGCUUUUGUACAGAACUUUAAAAGGAGGCCGCCUCAACUGAAGGAGAGACCAGUGCAACAGAAGGGGCCACCAUUUCAACCGCUGAAUGGCGUUAAAGUGCGGAGCAGUUAUUGUUGGAUUCACCAACAUGACAGCCGCAGUUGGAGUGGCAAAAAUCCCACAGUUGUUGAGACCGUCCCAGCUGUUGAAGAACAUGAUCCAACAUCCAGAGACAUCGUGGUUUUAGAGGAAAUGAGAAGCUGUCGGUCGUGGACCAGCGUUUCAGCGGUAAAGAAAGGAAGCUUACUAUCUGUGGAUGACGGAAAGUUCCUUUUCUGUAUUUAGUGCACUGAAUGACUGCCAGCAUGGAUCCGUCCUGGAUUAUCGUCUUUUCUGGUUUCAUGAUCAAACUGUGCGGACCAAGCUUGAGCUACGUUGCUGGAGUGUACCACGUGGCUCUGAUGGAACAAUUUGAAGACAUUGAAGUAGUUUCUUGGCUGGGAUCAACAUUUGCCUGCAUGUAUUCCUUGACAGGUCCGCUAGCCAGCCUCGUUAUCAACUCCUACGACUGCAGGACGUGCGUGCUACUGUCAGGAAUUCUGGGGAUGCUGGGAUUUGGUGCCAGCUUCUUCAUCCGGGACAUCAGGCUGCUGUUUAUCUCAUACGCAUUAGUUGCAGGUCUGGGAACAGGAUUUGCUCAAGGUGGAUGCAUGACGGCUGUUGGUUAUCAUUUUCCCAAGUCUGCCAGUUUAGUUUCCGGUCUAAUCACCUGCGGUUCCGGCCUUGGUGUGUUCAUUCAUCCUAUGUUGAUACAAUUUCUGCUGAGCCAGUAUGGCCUGCACGGAGCAUUCCUUCUCAACGGUGGGGUCAUGUUUAAUCUUUGUGUUUUCGGGAUGCUCUUGAAACAGUCUCCAUUUGAAAGAGAGCGGAAGAGGACCUCUGCCACAAGGCACCUGUCUUGCAGUCAAACUUUGCGGUCACUUUGUGGGCAUUGUUUACAGUUUAUAACCGUUUUCAAAAGUCCGUCAUUUGUUAUGCUGUCUUUCAGUAUAUUUUGCUACUCUACUGCAUUAUCUACACUGUAUCUCUACUUGCCGGACUUCUUUUUCAAGAAUGGGGCGUCACUGCAGGAUUCGGCUCUUGCCAUUUCCUUUUCUGGGAUUGGAGGUAUGGUCUCUCGCGUCCUCGUGGGGUUUGCUGCAAACGAUGAAUCAGUGGGCAGUGGUGUAUUCUAUAACUGCUUACCAAGUUUUGUAGCAACUCUGACUUUAUUUCUACCGUUCUUCAGCCUUAACAUGGAAGGAAGAAUUAUCUACGGAUUUCUAACAGGCACAUACACUGGCGGACAGUUCGUGGCACUGGUGCCGAUAAUCCUGGAAACUGUUGAUGAUAAGUUCUUCGCUUCUGGGAUGGGAAUAGCGUCCUUCUCAUAUGGCAUAGGUACUCUUUUUGGACCACCGAUAGCAGGAAUCAUAUACAAGAAAAGCGGACAGUUCUUCAGUGUGUUUACUUUCUCAGCCGUGAUGCUGUUUCUAACAACUGCCUUUGGGUUCUGUUCCACGGUACUGAGGCGUCCAAGAAGCGUCUGUGAACCUGAACCUGAACCUGAAUACAAGCCGACUGAUGCUCCUCCUGAGACAGAACCUCUGGCUCAAACCUGA